UUCAUCGUUGAAUAGAAUAAGUGAUAUUGACCAGUUUAAAAAUAAUUGUAGUUUAACUUCUGAGAAUAAUUUUAUAUUUAUGUAGCUGAUUAAGUGAUUUUCACAUGUUGUAAUACUCCUGUGCCAAUGAAAAUAUUCGAACGGUAAAUAAAUAUACAUGUACAAUAAUGAUAUCCUUUUUCUUGAAACAACAAACAGGCUUUUAUUUGUAUCCAAACACUACCAGAUGUUUGUGGGGUUGGCUAAACAGCAUUUUCAAUAGGGUUGACCCUGCUAGAAUCAAGGAAGUUGGUCCAGACCGAGCUGCAGCAGAAUGGCUAAUACGUUGUGGAGCAGCUGUCAAAUGGAAAGACAUGGAAAAAUGGCAGACUGACUACAACACACUACCAGGCAGUGGUUUCCAUAGGUACAAGGUUGAAGUUAUUGAUGCAACAGACUCUGCUGUAAUGGACAUUGGUUUUCCUCACUUACGUGGCCUGGAACAUCUUCGUAAGAUGAAAUUCCACCGAUGCAGUUACUUGGACAACAAUGCACUAUUCAUGCUGGCUUAUGUUAAAAAUACCUUAGAUAACUUAGAAAUUGUGAGUUGUGGGAAUGUUAGUGAUGAGGGAGUGCUCUCACUACAGGCUUUACAGAAUCUACAAUAUCUCUACUUGUAUGAUCUGCCUGAAGUUCGUGACAGAGAAAAGUGUAUUCACACCUUAACUCAGUCAUUACCAAAGUGUUUGGUGGACUUUCCUCCUGUAAAAAAAGAUUAACUGAGUUUAGAGUUAAAUAUCUGUAUUUUACAAACUUAGAGCUGAUUUGUGUAUUUCUCAAAAACUGUAAAAUUGUUGUCAAAAUUACCAAUAAAGCUGUAAAACGUUUA